AUGUUUGCCAGGCGUCCUUCACAGUCUCACAGUCGCUCGGAGAGCUUCUCUACCAAAUAUCGUGCCGGCAAAUCGGCCUCUCGGUCGAGGAAGUCGUUCAGAGGAGGAGAGCCACCUGCGAUCUUGAAGCGACCAGGAAAAGGACAGAAACCGGAGAGCCCGAUUAAUAGCAAUCUAACAUCCGCCAUAGUCACUAUCUGCGUUGGACCCGAACAGCGUCUCUUCGCUGCCCAUGAAGAAAUCCUAUCCGUCUCACCUUUCUUUUCGUCCUGUUGCCGCGGCCAGUUCCUUGAAGGUGGAAAUAAACGUAUAAACCUGCCCAAGGAACAACCGGAGGUCCUCUCUUCGAUCCUCGAAUACCUUUAUAAAGGAGAUUACUUUCCUCGUUUAAUACAUAAUAAGCGGAGAAAUACCUGGGAGUUGGAAAACGGAGUAAACGAGAACGGUGCUCCGGUAACUGCUGAGACGACAAUCAUCAAUCAGGCUGAUGGAGCCACGAUAUUGAAGGAUACUGCUAUCUACUGUGCAGCCGACCGAUAUGGGCUCUCUGAACUCAAACGCCUUGCCCUCCGAAAGCAAGGUCUCCAGUCUGCCAUUCAAUGUAGCACUAUCUUAUCAAGCGCUCGCUACGCCUAUGCACACACGCCCGAUACUGACUCCAAACUACGUGCUCAUUACCUUGCAUUAAUAAUCCGAAGUCGAUCAACAUUUAAGCGCAGUGGCACAAUGCAAAUGGAAAUGGAGGCCGGUGGGAAAUUAUUCUUCGACCUUUUUGUCGCCAUGUGCAACCACAUGGACGAUAUGACCGGCUCCUCCAAAUCCCCCUUCUCCCGCUAAUUACGUCUUGGAUCGACCCUUAAUACUCCCAUAUGCGUUAAUAAGUAACCGAUAGACCACAUUUCUCCCCUCUGGCCUUCUUCAUAUUCCACGCCACUCAUCCCGGAACGCACAGCCGCGCGGCCUCACCCCACCCUAAACCUUUCUCUAUGAGGAGCACCUCCUCUCCGUACCUUGCAAAAUACAGAACUGUAUUCUAAUAUGAUACCCGAAAGUUGAUCACUUCGACAUACCGAUUUCACACAAUUUUCGACCGCGAAACCCGUCAACAAAAGGUUAGGAAAACGGAAUGGCCCUGGAGGCCUUUUAAUGUUUUACAUUUUUCUUUUCCCAGACGACAAGGUCGUGGGCAUGGCAGCCCACGGCCAUAUUUUCUUGUAUUAUAUAUUAUAUUUAAUUCUUUUCUUCGGUUUUCAUUUACCUUUCUUUUUUUUCAUUCUAUUAUUAUCAUUAUUAUUUUUAGUUCAACUUCAGCCUCUCACGCACGAAAGAUGGUAUGUGGCACUCUUCGAAGCAUUAUGUGUUUUCUUUUGAUCUGUUUAAGUUUGCUUAUAUUUUAAUAUCAUAUACCCCGGGGGGGUUUGGCUGCUCAUUUCU